AUGGCAGACCUCCGAUCUUCCAGGGACGAGGAGGGCGAGGAGCGCGGGGGUUGGGCGCACGACGAAAAUUCGCGCGGGGAUCAGGGGCGCGCGCGCGAGUGGGAGGAGGCAGAGCGGCAGAGCCGCGAGGUGAAGGUGGGACUGCACCCGCUUCAGACGCGUUACGUGCUGUGGUACACGCGGCGGCAGCGGCAGCCGCCCGGGCAGCGCAGCGCGACGUCGUAUGAAGACAGCAUCCGUCGCAUCGCUGACUUCAGCACUGUGGAGGGGUUUUGGGUGUGCUACUGCCGCAUGGUGCGCCCAUCCGCGCUGCCCGCCCCCACGGACGUGCACGUCUUCAAAGACGGCAUCCGCCCGCUCUGGGAGGACGAGCACAACCGGCGGGGGGGCAAGUGGAUGGUGCGCCUGAGAAAGCCCCUCACUGCACGCAUGUGGGAGCACCUCUUGAUGGCGGUGGUGGGGGAACAACUGGAGGGCGCAGAGGAGGUGUGCGGGGUGGUGCUCAGUGUGCGGUUUGGUGAGGACAUCCUCUCCAUCUGGAACCGCUCUGCACCACACAGCCUGGCGCGGGACAGACUGUGUGAGUCGAUUCGGAAGCACCUGGGCCUGCCACCCUCCUACACCAUGGAGUACAAGCCACACGACGCCUCACUCAAGGACCAUUCCUCCUACCGCAACACAUGGUCUCGUCGGAUACACACAGAAGCGAAAAUGACUUCCUUCGGUCAGACCACUUUCCUCCUCGUCGUCCUUGCCUCUGCGAUUUUACUUUCUUCCCCUGCGCGUGUCUCUGCUGCCGCUAACGCGACUUCUCCUGCUAACAAGGCUGCUUCUGCUAAGGCGAGUUCGCCUGCUAACGUGACCGGCGCCGUAGUGGCGACGGCGAGGCAAAGCAAGGGCGCGGGCGAAGGAAAGAACUCCACAUGCGCCUAUUACGGAAACUACAACACUAACCCCUACUUUAACAAGGGGCUCACCGCGAAGCUUCCUCCUGCCGAAUUCGGCAAGCGGUGCGGCGCGUGCUACAGGGUGGUGUGCACCAACGACACGAAGCGCUGCCACACCGGAAAGGCGACCGUGACCGUCCGUGUGGUCGGCGAAACCACCACGAAGAAGCAGCUCUCUCUGUCCACCGCCGCUUGGUCCAAGAUCGUGGAGGGAUCCGACAGCUCCCCCGUCAGCAUCACGUACAAGCGCGCCAAUUGCGUGGUGUCCACCCUCGGAUCAGGCGUCCGCGUGCGCAGAAACUCGACGGCGGAGAAAUUCAACAUUCAGAUGGUGGGGCUUGCCGGCCCCGGCACGCUCAAGGAGGUGGAGCUCAGCGCGGACGGCAAGAAGUGGGCGAAGCUGACGCGCGACGGCAGCAAGGCCGUGUGGGGCAUCGUGGGCGCGGAGGCGAAGGAGGUGGUGGGCGCGAAGAAGGCGAUGAGCGUGCGCCUGACUGCGGGGCACACCCUGGAGAAGAUCACCCUCGCGAAUGCCAUUCCCGCUGACUGGAAGCCCGCGACGGUGUAUGCGUCCAAGGCCAACUUCAAGAAGAUGAUGGCUGAGAGCAAGUAG